UACAAAACAGUUAUCAAACUAAUGUGAACAAUGGUUUGUGUAUAUUUCGCACGCGUUUUCAUAAUAAACGUUUUCAUAUUCCUUAGCUGUGAUUUGUCAUUUGCAGUCGAGAAUAUAACUGAUGGGCCACUUAUCGAGGGACGACUGCUUAAUAGCGCUACUUUUGGACCCACGCUUCCACGAAGUUGCGCUGAGGCACUGACUGGCUCGGCGCAGAGCGGCAUCUAUCAGCUGUAUCUACCCGAGUGGCUGGAACAUCGCUUCUUCGCAUAUUGCCUGAAAGAUGCUAACGAUGGCGAUGCGUGGACUGUGGUGCAGCGUCGGCAGGACGAAUUGGUGAAUUUCUAUCGCAAUUGGCAUGAUUAUCAAACUGGUUUUGGUAAUUUGGAUGGGAAUUUCUUUAUCGGCUUGAGUAAACUGCACGCCUUGACACAAGUGCAGCUGCAAGAGCUGUGGAUCCAAAUGACAGAUUAUUUGGGCACAACUACCUAUGCAAAAUACGAUGGCUUUGCUGUGGGCGAUGAGGAGGAGAAAUAUGCUUUGACAAUACUGGGCAAAAAUUCCGGUACGGCUGGUGAGGCUUUGAAAGGUUUUCACGAUGGCCAAAAGUUUAGUACGUUCGAUCAGGAUAAUGAUGAGUAUAAGGAUAAUUGUGCGGAGAUAUGGAAAGGUGCUUGGUGGUACAAGGAUUGCUGGUGGAGCAAUCUCAAUGGUUCGUACAACAAAACUUUGCUUUGGAAUGGACGUUAUCCCAAUGCCAUGAAGUAUACACACUUAGCGAUAAGACCGAGAAAAUGAGAGAAAAUUAGAGCGAAAGUUGAAAAAAUUGUGUUGUUGUUGUUGUGAAUGAUGAUAUAAAAUAGUUAUUUAUUACUAAGUUCUCGUGAGGUCUGCAGAAGGUAUAA